CAGGUGUAAUGUUUAAUAAUUAAAAUUAAUUAAUCGAACAAUAGAUUGGACAUUAGACAAUGGAAACGCUUAAUCGAUUCGCACUCAUUUUGUAGCACAAAGGCAUUCACAAUGAUCAAAUAAUAUCUAUGUACACAACCACGAACCUUUUAUAAUUGAAAAAUCAAUAAGAAGUGACCCCAAAUCUACAUUAAAGAAGGAUUUUGUUGCCGGAGGGACUACUAAAAUAAAAGAUGGAAAAAUCAGAAUAUCCUCCACCGCCCCCUUCAUACGACUCUCUCCCAGGGAUCGUUCAGCAGCCAUCGUAUGGCAUGCAACCCCCUCCACCAGCUAUGCCAAUGCAAGGGACGCCAGCUGCUGCAGCCCAGUGGAUGGCGAGGCCGCAAGGCGGAAUGAACUGCCCGCCAGGUUUGGAAUAUCUUUGUCAACUUGACCGGCUUUUUCUGCAGCAGGAGGUCGAAGUUAGCCCUGGAGGAAUGUAUGGCCCGGUGGCAAAUUGUAACUGGUACAAGGUGUUAAAUGGUAACGGACAACAGGUGUUCACAGCUAUAGAAGGUACACCGCAAAUGGAUGGUGGUUGUGUGUGUCUGCCUGGACAAAGAGGGUAUAAUGUCCAUGGUAAAGACAAUAUUGGAAAUGAAGUGAUGCGAAUCUCUCGCGAUCCGCUUUGUUGUUCAUGCUGUCCGUGUCUUGGUUGUGAACAUCUUGUCCAAAUUGAAGCUCCGGUUGGACAUGUGAUAGGGUAUUUCAAAAGCAUAAAGAACAUGAGCAGUAUUUCUUUUACGAUAAGUAACCCAGAAGAUGAGGUGGUAUUUACAAUGAGUUUUCCAUGCUGCGCAACAUCCUCUUACUUACAUCAACAAGAAUUCGAUAUAAACUCUAAAGAUGGUGUUACACAGGUUGCAAAGAUUACCAAGCACUGGAACAGAAUAGAGUAUUUCUUCCGACUCAAAAAGUUUUCCAUUUACUUUCCAAUGGAUCUGGAUGAAAGAAUGAAGGCCGUUUUGUUGGGUACAAUUUUUGCCAUAGACGUAAUGUACUUUCCGCCGCUUCAGAGAGUGCAACGUAUGUGAUACCCUUACCAACAGAAUCAAAGUUGUAUUCCGACAGGCCUACUGAAUUCAUAUAUAUGUUUCGUCUUUUAUAAAAACGAUAUGGAACUGUUUAAUACAGUAAAAUGUUAACAAAUCUAUAAACUGACCUAAAUAUAGGUCUACAAUUGUGAUAUGAAAUAAAUGUUGUAUUCUUGAGAUGGUGGUAUGAAAAAUACUUCGGCUGACGCCUCCUUCGAUAUUCUUAUUUCUCCACAUGUACACUUUUCAUAUAAAACUCUCAUCACUGCAAUGCUUCUUUUAUUAUACAGAAUACAUAAAAAAAUGCCAUAUACGCAGAAAACUUAAAUAGCGCUUUUACGCAAGAGAUAUUAUUGUGCAUGUUAUAUGGAACAUGAUUGUGGAACAUGAUUUAAUGUAUAUUAACCCUUACCCUGCUAUAUUUCUAUAAUGGACUGGUCCAUCUUUCAAUUUGGACAGUACCACUUAUUAUUCAAAGGGUUUUUCACUGAAAAUUUACUGACUGAAUAGCGAACAGCGCAGACCAUGAUCAGACUGCACGGAUGUGCAGGCUGAUCUUGGUCUGCACUGGUCGCAAAGGCAGAAUCAUCUGCCACCAGCAGGCUAAGGGUUAAGUUAACCCAGUGUAGAAUUGCAUUAACAAACAUUUACGUGAUGUGUAAUAAUAUACAGUGUCUAUACUAACAAUGUUAUAUGAAACAUUUAUGUAUAUUGACAUCGUGACAUUUACAGUGGGGGCAAUCAGUGUUAUGCACUUAUUGAAUGGCUUGUCGGUCAUUAUUCAAAACUAUUGUCCGAAGUCCGAAGCCAUUCAAUAUUUUUUUUUAUUGCUCGACAUCAGAAAUUAUUUAUCAUAGUUUUAUUCUUAAUUUUUUGACUUUUUGAACCAAUAAACAUGUGCUGAAUAGUGAAUACAGGCUGGUCCUAUAGCGCAAACUAUGCACAUGGGUGAUGUAAUAAUAGUGUUUCGUGCCAUGACGCGUGCGUGCAGCGCUCUCCGUCAAAUAAUCAUGUUUCAGCAAACUAUACGAUAUUUUGGAUUUUAUUGUUUGUUUUAUCACUUGACGUGUUAUGAAUUUAAUAUUGUAAAAAGCUAUUUUAGAACUGUGUUGUGAUAUCCUAAAUUAUUUUUGUGAUAUCCUAAAAUUACUUUUGUGAUAUCCUUAAUUUAUUUUGUGAUAUCCUUAAUUUAUUUUAUAUCAUUUACUGUAUUUUGUCAUAUCUUUAAAUAUGGUGUAUUUAAUGAUAUCACAAUUAUGAUUUAAGAUAUCACAAAAUAAUAUAAGGAUAUCACAAAAGUAGAAUAUUGGAUGUCUCUGAAUACGAUUUUUUCCAUCAGUCAAUUUUAGGAUAUCACAAAAUACAUUUAUGAUCUCAAUAAAUCAUUUUAGGAUAUCACAAAAUAUGCCAAGUUUGAAUUUAAGAUAUACAUUUAUAUAAAAUAUGUGGAUAUCAAUAAUUAAUAUACAGUAGCAUUAUUCUACGAUUUUAAUUUAUCUAAUUAUGUAAUAAAAUCGAUUUUAGAGUCUUUGUUUUUGGACAUCAGUAACAAAUUCAAACAGUUUCAGUCACUUUUAAAAGUCUAAUAUCAAAUGAUUAAAUAUAUAUUUAUUAAAAUCCACAGAAAAUGUUUGUGAUAGCGGGUGCUUGUUUUAUGUUAGGAGACACCAAUGCAUAGGAGAUUGGUGUCUCGUUUGACGAAGUGACGUAUACAUGAUUGUAUAUAGACAAUUAAGCUCUGCAAUGUCCGGUCUGAACGUGACGUCAUAGCAAUGUGAGUUUAUUAGGAAUUCAAAAGACAUCGAUCAUGUUGUUUUACCUUUGUAAAUGCAAAAGCAAUGUUAAUACCGGUAUUUAUAGCUAUCUAUUGUUAUUUCUGGCAUAAUUAUUAUGUGUGUUUACUGUUUAAUAAAAUGUUCACUUUUG